AUGUCUGCAAGACAGCGCCCUUCACCGCCUCAAGAAAGCCGGUUUUCCGACGAUUCGAAGAAGCAGGACCAAGAUAAGUCCGACGUGGGAGAGGACGGGGGAGAUAGGGGUGGCCCUCCCUUACCGGUAGGCUUCUGGGAUCAUCGUCUGAGGCACGUCCGACUGGAAGCAUUUCGGAAAUGGGGUUACACAACGAUUGUUCUAAUGGCCUUUAUCCUCGCUGUUCUUUCAAUUUACUGGGCCACGUUCCAUCACCUGCCUGCAAACAUCAAGAAGCUUGUCGUCUACGUUGUUGACAUGGACGGCACCGGCCCGUACACCGCAUCUGCCACCGGCCAUGCUCCAAUCGUUGGGCCGGCCAUCACGAAGCUGGCAACCCAGAUGUCGCAGCAGUCAGUAACCCUAGGCUACCGCAUAAUGUCCGGGGAGGCCUUCAAAAACGAUCCGGUCCAGGUUCGGCUGGCCGUCUACAAGCAAGAAGCCUGGGCCUCGAUUGUCAUAAACCCAAAUGCCACCGCCCUGCUCUACAGCACCGUCCAAACAGGCAACUCUUCAUACGACCCCUUAGGAGCAUGUCAGGUUACUUACGUCGAAGCUCGCGACGAGACGACGUGGCACAAUUACAUCCAGCCCCUAUUAGAUCAGUUCAUAAUCCAGGCGACCACCACCGCCAGCCGGCGCUGGGCCAGCGCCGCGCUCCAAAAUGCCAGCGAUCCAGCCGUGCUCGCCAACCUCCGCGCCGCGCCGCAAGCCCUCUCGCCCGCCAUCGGAUUCUCGCGCUACAAUCUGCGGCCAUUCUACCCGUAUGUGGCCGAGCCGACCGUGACCAUCGCCCUCAUCUACCUCAUCAUCAUCUCCUUCUUCUCCUUCAGCUUCUACCUGCCCAUCCACCUCAAGUACCUCAAGCCCGAGGGCCACCCGCCGCUGCGCUUCUGGCAGCUGGUCAUCUGGCGCUGGUGCGCCACCGUCGCCGCCUACCUCUUCCUCUCGCUGGCCUACAGCCUGAUCUCGCUCGCCUUCCAGAUCAACUUCUCCGGCGGCAAUCCCGUCUCCAGCAACGUCCUGUCGACUAACAUCAGUCACGGCAACCCGGACGCCUACGGCAAAGGCACCUUCCCGGUCUACUGGAUGCUCAACUUCUGCGGCAUGGCGGCGCUGGGACUGGCGUGCGAGAACGUGGCCAUGUUGAUCGGCCAGCCGUGGAUGGGCCUAUGGCUCAUCUUCUGGGUCAUCACCAACGUCAGCACUGCCUUUUACAAAAUCGACACCGAGCCUGGCUUCUACCGUUGGGGUUACGCGUGGCCGCUGCAUCAUGUUGUCGAAGCAACCCGUACCAUCCUAUUCGAUACUUAUUCCAACAUCGGACUCAACUUCGGCGUCUUGUUGGCCUGGGCUGCAGUCAAUACCAUACUGUUUCCGUUUAUGUGCUAUUUCAUGCGGUAUAAAACGAAGAAGGGCCUGCAGUUGUACUGGGCGUAG